AUUGUUUUGAAGAGCUAAAGGUGGGAAGUUCCGUCGAAUCGGACGUGAAUUCUUUGUGGAGGCGAAAUGGAGGCUGUUCCGCGUAUGCCGAUGAUUUGGCUGGAGCUGAAGGAAGCAGGGGAGUUUCAGUUUAGUUCCUCUGUCAGACAGUACAUUCAAUUAAACUAUGGUGAGAAUCCAGAGAACUACAGUGAGGCACUAAAGAGGCUGGAGCAGCUUAGGCAGACUGUGGCAAACAUACCGAGGGAUUUUGAGGGCUGCAGCACUCUUAGGAAGUACUUUGGUCAGCUGCACUUUCUGCAGAGUCGUGUUCCCAUGGCAUUUGGCCAGGAGGCUGCAGUGCCUGUGACAUGGAUGGAUAUAUUUUCAGAGAGAAAUGUCACACAUGAUGAUAUUAACUAUGAGCAGGCCUGUGUCCUCUAUAACCUGGGUGCCUUGCACUCUUUUCUGGGAGCUGUGGAUAACCGCCUGUCUGAGGAGGGGAUGAAAGUGUCCUGUACACAUUUCCAGUGUUCUGCCGGGGCUUUUGCCUACCUUAGAGACCACUACAAUCACAGCUACAGUUCUGACAUGAGCAGCCAGGCCCUGUCAAUCAACAUCAGCCUCAUGCUGGGACAAGCUCAAGAGUGUCUCUUGGAGAAAACUCUAUUAGACAACAGAAAGAGUCAUUUGGUAGCAAGAAUUUGUGCCCAGGUGUGUGCCUAUUAUAAGGACUGUCUGAGAGUUUUGGAUAAUUCUGAAUGUGUGCCUGGAAGGAUUCAGAAGGAGUGGAGGAAACUUGUCUGCCUGAAGAUCAGUUACUUCAGUGCCAUCACACACUUGCACACAGGAAAACAGUCAGAGGAGCAGCAGAAAUAUGGAGAGGCAGUCACUUAUUUUCAGUCCUCCUUGGACAAACUUAAUGAGGCAAUUAAGCAGAGCAAGGGCCAAUUGGAAUCUGUGCAAGGAGCUCUAAGAUUCACAAUGGAUGUGAUUGGUGGAAAGUUUAACUCUGCUAAGAAAGACAAUGAUUUCAUUUAUCAUGACUCUGUGCCAGGUUUAGACACUCUAGCGGCAGUAAAAGGUGCAUCCUUGGUGAAACCCCUUCCUGUGACCCCAACAGAUCCGAGUGUCACCGGUCCAGACCUCUUCUCUAAACUUGUUCCCAUGGCAACUCAUGAGGCCUCCUCUCUUUACAGUGAGGAGAAGGCAAAGUUACUAAGGGACAUCUUGGCUAAGAUAGAGGACAAAAACCAAAUCCUUGAGAGAUUUAUGGAGUCUCUAAGCAGUGACUUUGUGGAUAAAGCCGACAUGUUUAAAUCACUUCCUGACACUUUGUUGGAAAAAUGUGCAUUUCUCAGUGUACGACCAGACACUGUCAGGAACCUUGUUCAGGCUAUGCAAGCACUAUCAAAUGUGUACACUGACGUGGGCUCAUCUCUGGAGGAGGUCCAUAGUGCCCUGGAGGAAGAUGAGGCUGGGGAGAAGAGUUUGAUGGAGGUGGUGGGGCAAAAGGGACUGCCAGCCAGGCCUCCAGCCCUGCAGGAGAUUCAGAAAGAGUUGAAGAAAUAUGAGGCUGCCCAUCAGACAGCUAGCCACACCAACACUGAGCUCCACAGAGCCAUGAACCAACACAUACCAAACCUACGUCUGUUGCAGGGACCUGUUGAGGAACUCAGAAAUAGUCUGCCUCAACCACAGCUCAGCCAAGAUGAUAUGGCAUCUUUGCAAAAAAUGAAGACAAUUCUCAACAAAGUUGAUGAAAUGCAGAAGCAGAGGAUCUCAUUGGACGGCCAGCUUCGUGACCUUAUUCAUAAAGAUGACAUAACUGGAGUACUAGUAACCACAGAUCGUGCUGAGUUCAAGACAUUGUUUGAAGAACAGUUGAAGAAAUAUGAUCAGCUGAAGGGGUAUAUAGAACAGAACUUGGUAGCCCAGGAUAACAUCCUGAAAGCCCUAACAGAUGCUAAUGUGAAGUACGCUCCUGUCCGCAAGACGCUCACGCUCACAGAGCAACAAUGGAACAGCACAGUUCAGUCUCUUAUUGCCUCAUUUGAGGCUUAUGAGGACCUGAUGAAGAAGGCUGAGGAGGGAAGAGACUUCUACCAGGAUCUGGAUAAGAAGAUUUCCAGUCUUUUGGACAAAACCAAGUCCUAUUGUCAAACCAGAGAGGAGGAACGAGUUUCCUUGCUGGAGAGGGAGAUUGGAAAAGUGCCACCUCCCAGACCUACUGCCCAAAAGCCUGUGGUCGGGCAGAAAGUUCUUGGUCCUAGAUCUGGCCCCUCCAGUCUUGAGGCAGUAGGUCCUUCUGUCACUGCUUUUGUGGCUGGAGAUCUUCCAAAAGAACUGCGAAGCCUCCCUCCGAACAUGAAUUUGGCCCGAGGUCCAGUACCUCCAAAUCCUGGUCCCCAUGGUGGAACCCCUCAUAUCUGGCCACAAGGGACAAGCCCAUUUCCACCUAGUCAGUUUCCAAACCCACAGUUUCCCAAUACAGAUCCAAAGCUCAGGCAACAGUUGGCACAACAUCUCCCACCAAAUCAUGCAACUUAUGGCCAAGCCUCAGGGCUUCCACUGCCCUUGGCACCCCUUCAGAUCCCUGGGCUGCCGCAGCAGUUCCAGGCAAGAUCAGUUGGAGGUAUCACACCUGUGUAUCCUUUGGUAAACCAUUCAACUGCUUCACAGGUGCCUACUCAGGGCUACAAUCCUGCUCUAUGGCAGCAAGCCCAUAGUGGACCCAUUGCUGUUUCAGGGGGGUACAUUGUGCCUCCACAGAUGGGGCAGAUGCAUCAAAAUUCCAUUAGGCCUGGUCUACCAGGGCCAGAGGUAUCAAUGCCAAACUCCCUUGGACAGCAGAUGCCGCCCGGCAUGCCCCAGUCUUCCUCUGCCCAACAGAAUAUGCAGGGGACCCCGUACCAAAGCUUUACCCCCCAGCCUGGACAAAGUGUCCCCUCGACCACACCAAGAAGUGUAUUUCCUGGGCAAAUCCUGCCGCCCUUCCAACCUGGACAGUUCCAGCCUCCCAGGCCUUUCCAAGCAGAGCAACAGUCUGGCUUCCCAUCCGGCUACAGACCAGCAUUAGUUCCACAUACUCAACCCCAACAUGGUCUACCAGUCUCCCAUCCUCAGGGAGCCCAAACCCAACCUCAGUCUGUUCCUUCUCAUCAGUUCCAUCCUGGACAGCUUCCACAAAUCAGGCCUCAGCCUUAUAUGAGCUAUGCUCCCACAACUUUUCCAUCCUCACAACCUCAGCAACUCUCUGCAACCCUCCAAAAUCCACAUCAAGUGCAGCCAGGGUCUCAAAUAUUUCCACAGGUACCCUUCAUCCAAAAUUCUCAAAUAAAUUUUGGUCCUCGUCCAAUCUCUCAGCCCCCAAUGCCAUCAGGAGCUGUACCACCUCAAGGUAACAUGUAUUCUUUUGCACCACCACACAUGGGCCAACAGGCCGUUUCUCCCCAAUUCAACGGCAUGUUUAAUGGAACAGGGGUACAACCCAUGUACACUCCCAUUCAAACCCAAAUGCUUGGCCCGCAAAAUGUGUCUCGCCCUUUGGCAGGACAAGCAGUUGCACCAGUGAUGGACAAUCCAGUUCCUCCCUCACUUGCAAGCACUCUUGUACCUACUCCAUCAUCUGCUCACUUUUCGCCCCAAAGCCAGAUCUCCACUACUAAGCCAGAUAUGCCAUCCUCCUCCUUGGUGAACCAAAAUUUGGAACCACAAGCCACAAUAAGUGCUACUCGAUCUGACGAAAUAAGGCAGCAAUCUUCCGGAGAGUCCCUCCCUUUGGAGAUAGUGUCUGACUCCAUGAAAAUUCUGGAUUCUCUUCAGAACAAGGUGGAUCAUCUCAGCAUUGAAUCCCAAAGUGAGGCAUCUGAUUGUGGAGUGGAUAAAGGCUAACAAGUUGUCAAGUCAGAACUCAAAAACAGUUGUGCUGAUGAUAUCAAUGAUAGUCAGGAUACCAUGCAGAGCACAAUUGGAAAUGAUGACACUGACCAGGGGGUGCCAAAAAAAGAUCUGUUUGGUGAAUUUGGAUUCUUUGUGGUCACUACACAAGAUAUGAUGCCUGAAAACACUUCUACAUACACAUAAGCUUCACUACAUGUACUAACACAGAACUGCACCAUACUCUUUGUACCUUUACCUACACAUUAUGAUAUAUCAAAUUGAUUAUUUACAAGCAAAUAGAAAGCAUCUUUUGCACUUUAACUCUAUGCAAUCCUCUGUUCUUUUGUGUCCUGUAUCACUCUGUAUUUCCAGUGCUAAAUAGCACUUUAUUCUGCACUCUGUUAAUUAAAUGAUAAGGACGUUGUUUUUGAGGAAGUGGUGAUGUUACAUCCUUGAUUUUUCCUUGUUUCAGAAAGUAAAUCUUUUGAUACUAAAAUCUCUACUAGCUUUUAAAUUUACUUUUGUUAAACAGUGUAAACACAGCUUGAAUUAUAUCUCUGUAUACAUUAUAAUAUUGUAGCUGUUAAAAAACAGUGUGACACCACCAGUGUUUUACUGUAUUGUGCCACAAUAAUUUGAAUUUGUGACUUUAAAAACAGGGUCCUCUUCUUAAAAUUCAACAUUAAAUCAGUUGCUGAAAAAUAC